AUGCAGUCACAUAACUCCUCUUCCGGUGCUACAUUUGUUACCUGCUUGGCUGAUUCUGGUGGCAGUUCUGGUCUGACUGAGUCGUCCUUCACGUCAAACGAAGCGAGCUUCGACGAGAGUAUCCCGGUCGAACACGCCCAGAGAAUACAGCAACCGCGCAGUAGAAUUGAGAGGAAAUUCAACAUCUCCCGUAGCUGCAUUGGCUGCUACCUGCGCGCGUUUGUGCCAACGAAAGUGAAAAUGCCACACUGGGCGCCACACGACCUCUUUGGUCGACCACUAUGCUCAGGGGAUCACGGCGGAUUCUGCGCCUCGAUGACUGCAGCGCUCAAUCAGCUCAUCCAAUUGUUCCCCAAACGAAGACGCCUAGCAUUUCUAGGAACCAAAGGUCGGCUGCUCAAACCCCCUACGAGCUCCCGCAACAUGAAGCGAUAUGCAAGUAGCCCUACAAUUGUGGCAUCACUCCCGGGGAAGGACCGAGCGUUCUAUGCACUGCCGGAAUGGGCGAACGUCUCAAUUGCCUUCGAGAUCAUGCAGCACAAUGAUGAUGACCCGAUAGGCAAGGACGCUAUGGAGCACGAGCACACUUUGGAAAGAAUCGCACAUCACGCGCAAAAUCUCUUCGUUGCACAGAAUCGGCUAUUUGUCUUUGUCGUCGGGAUCUUCGGAUCCAGCGCACGUAUAUUCCGGUUUGACCACGCCGCCGCUGUCGUGUCCGAGGCAUUCGACUACACAGAGCGUCCAGAUAUAUUGCGCGAAUUCCUUUGGAGAUUUGUACAUCCACUGUCGACUACUUCUAGCGUGUCUGGUGCGGAUCCGUCGAUACAAGUCCCGGAAGAGGUCGAUAUCUAUCGAGCGCAAAUGCUACUUGACAAAUCAGGAAAACCUCCUCUUUCGCAAGCAGAACAGAAGAUGUGCAGAUGGAUCACCGUACGUGACACGAACGGUGAUCUGUUGCGCUUCUUCGCAUUCCGGCUGCUUUAUACUAAUCCCAACAUGUUCUCUCGUGCAUGUUCUGUCUGGGAAGCACUCAAGGAAGGCGAGAAGACAGGAAGGACAUAUGUCAUCAAGGACGCGUGGCGACAGCUGUGUUUUCCGGCCGAAACGGACUUCUACGAUGUCCUUCAUGGAGGUGUCGAUGGCAUACGCCAUGCCUCUCGCAGCGUCGACGCCUACAAUCAUGCUGACACAGAUCCAUGCUUGCUCGGUCUAGCACAGGACUACAUUGGUGUCGAUUUGGGGAGAAGGGAGUAUCUCCGUUACAAUGCGGGGUGUGAUUCAACGCGUUGUGCGCAACUCGCGAAGAACCCGAACACAAGCAGAAAGUCGUGCACAGACGCGUGCGUCCCUCAUCGGAGCCUCCUCACGGGUCAUUGCACCAUUUCCUCCGCUCGCCUUGGGAUGCCUUUGGAUAGCGAACUCGAACGAAGCCAUAUGAGACUAGUGUUGAAGACAGUGGGACGACCGAUAUCACAUUUCACACGGACAUACCAGUUGAUAGAGGCAUUCCGCGAUGCAAUUAUGGGUCAUCAAAGAGCCUACGAGGCUGGUAUCAUCCAUAGAGAUAUCAGCGAGGGCAACGUGCUACUCGCUGAAGACGAAUCCUUCACCGGCUUCAUCGGUGAUUUUGACCACAGCUUCAAUUGGAAGACGUUCCUCAAACGGCGGGGUCUUGAGGUCAGUCUAGAGAGUUGGGAGAAAUAUGCUCGGCAACGGUAUGUAGCAAAAAAUGGGCCGGGGACGCGACUGGAUGAACCUGGUGACCAUUCACCCAGCGAGAGAAGACUUAUCAAACGAUGGACGCAGGAGCGAACGGGCACCUUAUACUUCAUUGCUAUCGAAGUGAUGGAAGGGAUCUCCUUACAUGAAGCUCGCCAUGACUUGGAGUCAUUCUAUUGGCUACUGUUCUGGCUUAUGCUUCGUCACACUCAGCAUAGCCAUCCUGAUGGACAGAAAGCGAGCGAUUUCUACUUCAAGGCACCCUCGGAAAGCGCACUUGCGGAGUACAAGAGGAUUUGGCUUAUUCAGCACGCCCCAAUUUCGGUUCCGGGAAAUCACCCAAUGUCGAAAUUGCUGGUUGAUCUCAGAGAUCUUUGUCGGAGGAACUGCUUGCUUUCCCACUUGAAUAACCCGAUUGAACCCCUCACGCACGAAGCUAUGCUGGCGAAGUUCAACGAGGCACUCGCCAGCCCAGGCUGGCCAGAGUAUGAUCCCGCGAUUCCAUUGAAUCGCGAUCCGCAACCCUCAGAGCUUCAUAAACCUGAUACUAAUGAUACCAAUGAUACCAACGAUACCAAUGAUACCAAUGAUACCAACGAUACCGACGAACUUCACAGCACCCGCCGCAUGGAAAGCACUCAGGCGACCCACAGCACCCACUGGUUCGAAGAUCGCCUCAUCCGGAGCGCAUAUUUUCCUGUCCGCGAGGGCGUCUCAAAGGAGAGGGACUGCCCACAUGGCACAAGCAGUAUUCGGUGUAGAAGCGAACCGUCCGUAUGUUUUCGUGCACGGACCCGAUACAAACACACCCGGGAUUUGCAGAACACUGGUCAGAGAGUUGCCGUUCAGAGCAGGUCCAGUAGCAAACGCGGUCGUGAAGACGACGAUGACGACGACGACGACGAAUAUGAACCAGCGAAGCGCCCUAGAUCAGAACGCGCAGAGGACGUGCGAACUCGGCCAAGGUCGAUCAUUCACAACGCCCUCCGGAUCCUACCAAGCCUCCCAGCGCUUCUACUCAGAAGUGCUCUACGCACAGCGCUGAAGUAUACCUCUUUCGGAACCCUAGGGACUUGA